CCUCGCCAGUGUCUGUCGCUUAUUAAUGUAGUGGCGGCGACAGGGAAUCGAGGGGAGUCGAGUCGGGCGCGGCGCGGCGGUGUGGCGGUGGGAGUAGGCGCUCCGCCGCACGAGGAGAGGGUGCGGGGUUUCGGUCUCGCCGCCGUCGUGGGGGGCGGAUUCAUCGGGCUUGGACUCGGAAUCUCUGACGAAAAUCCAGUGGAGCUAGCAACAGUCUAGUUCCUUGAAGACUUUCGGCAAGAUGAUUGAGGGCAGGCGGCAUUCGGUGGACAUCCCCAUUUCGAGGGCCCUGGUGGCCAUCAUGCGGUCCAGAUCCCUGAGGGACCCGGACACCAACUCUCUGGCCAAGUUCUCGGCCAAGAAGACCAUCUGGGAGGGCUGUUCCCUCGAGGAAGACGAGCCGGAGGGGAACAACUACGGCAGGCACAGCUUCAGCUACAACGCGUACGAUCACCUCCAGAGGCGGAGGGAGGAGUUUGGGGACAGCUUGAGGUCAGGCCGUCUCGCCAACUCUCCCAUCAACAUCAUCAAGGCCAAUGCGAUGGCGAAGGCCGCGCUCCAUAACCAGAGCUGUUGCUCGGCGAUCUCUGGCAUGUCGAGGGCUGCAAAGGACAGGGCUUUUUCUUUGGUGAUGGAAGGGGAGGAGAUAGGCCGGAGGGAGGCCAGCACAUUCCAGGAAAGCUCGAGAAGUUUGCUCCAGAAGUACCGGCCUAAAUCUUUCUCCGAGCUUGUUGGGCAUGAUGUUAUUGCUCAGUCGCUUUCCAGUGCUGUUUUAAAAGGAAAGCUUGCUCCUAUCUAUCUCUUCCAUGGUCCGCACGGCAUAGGCAAGACGUCCGCAGCUAGGAUAUUUGCAGCAGCGCUGAACUGCCGUUCUCCAGGUGGGAACCAGCCAUGUGGGCGCUGCGAGGAGUGCAUGGCCAUAUUCUCAGGAAGCAGCAGCAGUGUGGUAGAGGUUGAUGCCUCCAAACUUGAUUGCAAAUCUAGAGUUGCAGUCUUGCUCAGGAAUGCCUGUGAAGUUCCUGAUUCUUCACACUUAAAGGUUCUUAUAGUAGAUGAUUGCCAGCACAUGGACAAGGAGGGAUGGUACUCCAUCUACAAUAGCCUAGAAGGGAUUCCUGACAGCACAAUCUUUGUCAUGAUAACAUCUGAUGUUGAUAAACUACCAAGCAAUUCCAUCGGGUGGUGCCAGAGCUACAGGUUUUGCAAGAUAGAUGAUGCAGCGAUUGCCCGUCGAUUGAUCAAGAUUUGCACAAAAGAAGACAUGGAAUUCGAAGCAGAGGCCCUGGAGCUUCUUGCUCGCAAGGCCAACGGUUCCAUUCGAGAUGCAAUUCAAAUGCUUGACCAAUUAACUCUACUUGGAAAGAGAAUCAGCAAAUCAGUGACACAUGAGCUGAUAGGUGAUGUCUCAGAUGAGGAAUUGCUUGACCUUCUCAAUCUGGCUAUGUCAUCGGAUGCUGCUACUAUUGUGAGGAGGGCUAGGGAGCUUCUGAGCUCAAAGGUCGACCCCCUGCAGCUAUUAGCCCAGCUGGCAAAUCUUAUCAUGGAUGUUUUAGCUUCAAAGCACCUGUCAGAUUCUUCAGAAGUCAGAAGAGUUACUGGCAAACAUACAUCUGCUGAUGUGGAUGUACACAAACUUAGGAAUGCACUGGAAAUACUCUCUGAAACUGAAAAGCAAUUAAAGACCACAAAAAACCAGUCUACAUGGCUUACUGCUGCACUGUUACAGUUUAAUAUGAGGGAACCGUACUGUCUAGAUGACACUGCAGUUUCAAGCAUGUUUACUGAGAGUCAGACAGAUGACGGGACCGCAAUACUGAAAGAUGAAAGCCUAGAUACAAGUUCCCAUCUUUGUUCUCAGAACAAAGUUAGUUCUCUAGACAUGAAUUUGGGAGAUCCAGAUGUAUUGGAGACGAUAUGGAUAAAAGCCCUUGAGAACUGCUCAUCCCAGCCACUUCAAAAUCUAUUGCGGAAGGAUGGGAAGUUGUCAUCUCUAUACACAAGCCAAGGUGUAGCAGUUGCUGAGCUACAGUUCUGCCAUCCUGAGGAUGUACCAACAUCAGAGACCUUCUGGAAGCCACUUUGCGCAUCUCUACAGAAUUUGCUAAGGUGCAAUGUUGACAUCCGGAUCAACCUUUCGCCCAUCUCCAGCAACAGAAUGGGAUCCAAGGACUCUUCUGUGAGCCUGGUCAUGCAAUCCAGAGAAGACCGCGAGACACAGGACCCAGUCGCUACAAACUGCAAGACUGUCGCUUCAUCCCGAAGAGACUGCCCUUCGCCACUCGCGGGGCAAGCAAAGGAGAAGCCGUCACACAUUCUGGGGUGCCUCCAUGGCACUGCAGAUGGCGACGCAGUGGAUACCGAGUCGAGGAUCUUGAGCUACCAGAAGAUCUCUGUCGUCCCUGCAGUGUCCACACCAGGAAACGCUCCCAAGAAAGCUGGAGGAGACACCUUAAAGGUUGAUGAAGGUAGGGUUCGUCGAGGCUGCUUCUCGAACCUUCUACCCUGCGGUGCUUGCGCUCCCCGUCGGAAGUCCCAGACGCGUGAGAAACGCCGAGCCUCGCUGUUCAGCUGCUGUUUCUGCAAGAUCAGACCGGAGAGCAAAACGAAGGCUGAAGCAGGGUAGUAGUAUGGGCCAGUCAGGACUGCAGCCUCUGCAGUUCAAUCUGGAGAGAGGUGGUAAAAGCAAGGCUGGUAAUUCCGAAUUCUGAUUGCCAAUUGGCUGAACCUGACAUCAAGGUUGUCUAUUCUCUUUAGCCCCUGCUGCUAUGUUUUCUGGUUUGGCUGUGGAGGUCGAAUCAGUUCAGAGUUAGAUGGGAGCAUGUGAAUCUGUUAACUGCAGAAUCGCCGAUGAAUGUGUUCAUCGGUUUGACUGUAGGUUGCCUGUGAUGAGACAUUGGUCAGACACAGUACAUGUGCUUCGCUAACAUAGCAAUAUUUAUAGUCGGAUAUUUUAACUUUCCUGGUAGCAUUGUUAUUGUAUUUAUAGUUUUCCGUUGGAUGGCACA